AUGUUGGGUUGGGAUGACCCUGAUCAACACCUUUUGCGACAUGGGUAUUCCCAAGCCAACGACCAUAAUGCGAUCGUCUUCCUAGCGCUUCACCCACUCGCAAUCGGGGAAUUAAACGAGGGGCGACAACCUCACCAGGAUGUAUCCAGGGUGCAAUCCAUUUGGACAGAUACUGGGAUAUACUUUUGCCUUGUUCAUAAACAAGUGCUAAUAUACUUUGGAACAGCACGCGACCCAGUGUUGUGCAUACAAGACGAGCAAUUUGAAUGUGCGGUGAAGCUUUUCCUGUGGCCCGAACCCCUCAAAUCGCUGAACCUGCUGAACCACAGGUAUCCCAGGUUCAAGGCUAUAGCGAUUCGUCUAGCGUCACCAGGUGGCCUGCCGUAUCCCAAGCUUUCAAUGUACGUGCAAAGCGCGAUUGACUCUAAAAAAGGAUCUACCGAUACCACAUGGCUAGAGAAUCGCGUUCAGGCUUUUCGGGAUGAUAGGGUAGAUAAAAUGCUCAUUUUCGUAUCGGAAAUAUGGGCCCAAGGAUCCACGAAGUGUCCUUAG